ACGCACCGGCUGCAAAGGUCGACAUGAUGUAACAAAAUAACGAUAUUGUGUCCGCCGACGGAGCGUAAUGACGGCGCGCAACGUCAGUCGACGAUCGUCGAGUACACCCGCAAGUCGCGCCCGCAACUCAUUAAAACGUUUCUCGCGUCGUCCCGGGAUCGCUUAAAAGUUUCGUGGGCAUGUUCAAGGUGUUUCUGGGCGGACGAUUCAAAACCGAAGUGAAACUCUAAUACAAGUCGGUCGACGGAACGCACCCGAAGAGCGAGCCGAAGCUAAUCGCGUUGCACGGACGCGCCGCGGUAUGGCGGAAAAAUGUUGGAUCGACCAGGACGAGAUCAAGGGACGCGAAUUUCUGCUCGGACGCAUGGCCGGCGGAAGGAUGGGCGUGUACGUCAAGAAGUUCGAGAUAUUUCAAAAGGAGACGGCCAACUCGACGAUGCUCAGCGACUGCGUGCCCGUCAUCAUGGACCUGGUCACCUGCGACUUGAACGUGGACACGUUCCUGCGGCAGUCGUUGCUCCGGAGCCUCGUCCAAAUGGUCGUGUCGUCGGAACGGGUCGUGCAAAAGAUGUCGGCCGCUCUGAAGACGGACCUGUUGAUGAGAAACCUGCUCCGGGUGAUGCGCGAACACGUCAUGACCCAGUACAAAUACUAUCAAUUGUACACGCACCACGUGAUCAUCGUGAUGAAGUGUUUGGCACGAGUCAUGUGAGAGGAGUAUAUUAAUA